AACGCAACUCAUCUUUCAGCUGAUUGUCAAAAUUGAAUAUUGUCAAAACAUACGAGAGUGGAAGUGCAACAAAUAAUAAGAUAAAUAAAUUAUGAUUUUACGACUAGUAUUGUAAUUGGAAGGCACAAUAUACGUUUUACAACAACUGUCGUAACAUGUCAAUUCAUUGGAGUGCAGAGAUAUUAAAAUGGGAGUACCGGGACUUACAGGCUACGGCUAUGUCCGUAGAUUAUUCCGGCAACAACGUGCUUUUGGCAGGUCGAAGGUGGCUCGCUAUCAAACAAAUCACUCAGGAUGAAGAUUCGGGGGAUAUAGUGAAAAAGUAUCCUCGCCACAGCAAGUAUGAUGCGGCAGGCGCCGAGUGGUGCCAGUCGUACCAUGGACAGAAACUAUGCGCAAUUGCAAGUAACCAAAGAGUAGAUGUGUAUGAAUGGCGAGGGGGUAAUGACUUGACUUGCAUAGGUUCUCUCAGAGGGCAUACUAGAGUAGUAAGUGAUACACACUUCCACCGACAAGAUCACAACUUGAUAGCAACAUGUUCUAUAGACACAUUUACUCACCUAUGGGAUCUUAGAGAUUCAAGAAAACCUGUUGUUUCACUUUGUGCUGUUGCUGGGGCUUCACAAGUUCAAUGGAAUAAAGUAGCCACUCACAUUGUGGCCACAGCCCAUGAUGGUGACAUAAAAAUUUGGGAUUAUCGCAAACACUCUGCACCCAUUCACUAUAUUUCUGCUCAUUUGUGCAAAAUACAUGGAGUGGACUGGAGCCCUCACCAUGAAUACCAACUAGUAACAUCAAGCCAUGAUGGGAGCAUCAAAUACUUUGAUAUUAAUAAUGCAAGAAGACCUGAGAAUGUUAUAAUGACGAAUUUCCCAGUGUGGCGUGCUAUAUACACACCCUUUGGAAGUGGUCUGCUGACGAUAGGAGUUGGCUGGGGAGGGAUGCCGAGGGUAGAGCAGGCAGGAGUCAUAGGCAUCUGGGUAGGGGGAACACUCACACAUAGACUUGUGGGCCACACUGACACAGUCCAGACAAUGGUCUGGAGACCAAACACAUCACCAUCUAAUUACCAGCUUGUGACAUGGGCCAGGGAUCAGUCCCUCAGAGUUUGGACUAUGCAUCCAUCAUUGCUGAAAAUGUGCAAUCACUACCUGCCUGAUGAUGGUGAAAAUGAUGAGGACAAUAACAGUGACAAUGUCAGCUAUGCAUCAACAGCAGGAUCUACAAAUGAUGUAUCUGGAGCUGGUGAUAACAAGGGGCAGGAUAUUUCAUUGAACAAAAUUCCUCACAAGACAAACACAUCAAUUGACGAAGAGUUUGAGUCUAUUCGUGAGAUGGCGAACAUCGAGGUGACAGACAUGAACAUAGAAACUCGGACCUGCCAAAUACAUUCAGAGCGCAACGGCUACGUCGCGAAUCUUCAAGUUACAUUCCCCAGAAAUGUCACAGAACAAACCAUACCCAAAUUCUCUUGGCUAUCCGGUACGAAUGUUGAUAGCCCCACUACAAUACGAAUAUUACAGUCUAUCAACAGAACGGCGUACCGGAAGAAAAAGGAGGGACACAGAUGUUUAUUACAUUGCUUAAAAACUCUAGCGACAUCUAUUGACGAGAUACCAGUUAAAUCUAGUGACGAUAACGAUUCAAUGAAAUCUAGUCAAAGAAGUCAAUCGGAGAGUGAAAAUGCAGGUGAUUCCUGUAUACCUUUCCCUCGGACUUGUGGUGCGAAGUGGUGUGGAGUUAGUACGCUAGUUGUGUUCAAUAGGCCGGCUAACGCUCGACGGCUGUCCCUCAAGCACGAGACGGGAACUCCAAGGUCUAUGUCAUCACUGUCUUUAACUCCAGCACUGUUUGGCACGACUGGGUACAGCUCAGUGUCGCCACACGCAACAACGACGCCGUCUCCGACGAACGCGUCUGGCUUCCCACAGUUACAUCACCGCCAUGCAUCGAAUUCUAUAACAACAUUCUACUUUCAAGAUAGAUGGAAGGCGCAAGGUCGUCGAGCCGGCAGCAUGCGCAGUCGAGGCAGUAUAUCGGGCUGCGUGGCGCCGCGCGUCGUCAUGUACGCUGCGACUAAUCUCUUCCCCCUUAACCGGAACCUCGCUGAAAAAUACGUCAUCAAUGCUGACAACCCUGUUGAUAUGUGCGAGAAGAACGCAAAGGCAGCUACAGAGGAAGGCGAGACAGAACUGGCUCACGCAUGGAACCUGGCUGAGCUGGCGGCGCGCUCUCUGCACGCGCGUGGCUCUGACCACUUCGCGUCCAGCGAGGAGAGCAUGGGUUGGGUGGGACACCCGCUCUGCUGUAACUUAGUGCAGUCGUUAAUAACUCACUAUGCGAAGGCAUCAAACCUACAGAUGGCGGCUAUGUUGGCGUGUGCAUUUUCAGUGUUCAAUGACACGAGUAAUUCUAGUUCGCAGUCCACGAUCAGCACCUCUAGUUAUGGUAAUGGUACCUCGCCGUACAGCACAGUGAACCAGUAUAGUGAGAUAAGCGCGGACGGGUGGACGCUGCCAAUCGUGCUCCGCAGCAACUCUUGCUCAGAGGCUGAGAACUUCUACACGGACUCCACCGUCUCCAAGUCUGAACAGACAUCUUCAUGUGUACUCGACGAAGCCACUGUACAUCUGUAUCAUUGCUUCAAACGGGUUUAUGCAGAUAUUUUGCAUCGAUGGCAGCUGAUAUAUAAAAAGACUGAGGUGCUGAAGCAGGUGCGCGGCGGGGCGUGGUGCGGCGGCGGCGCGGGCCCCGUGCUGGCGGCGGAGUGCGCGCGCUGCGGCGGCGCGGCGCGCGGCGCGGCGUGCGGCGCCUGCGGCCGCGCCGCGCUGCGCUGCGCCGUGUGCCGCCGCCCCGUGCGCGGCCUGGCCGCCGCCUGCCACUACUGCGCGCACGCCGGACACGCGCUGCACAUGCUGCACUGGUUCUCGCAGCAUGACACCUGCCCCACCGGCUGCGGCUGCAAGUGCGUCAUGGAGGGUAAUACCGUGUGGAAAGGAGUCAAGUAUGUGUAACUAUGUUUGUAUCAAAUUACCUAUUGUGGUUGAUCGAAUGCACGGGAAGGCAGUUAUACGUUGCUGUGUAUGGAUAAGAAAAAUUGAGAAAACAGUUCUGCCUUACGUCAGUUAUUAAUUUUUGACAUUCUGAUGUUACAAUAUCUACUCAAUAUCAUCAUCGGGAAAUCGACUUUCCUAUGCUAUCGUGAGAUGCUGUUAAUAUUUUAGUAAAAAAAAUACUUAUGUAAAUAAAGUUCUUAACUAUCGGGUAAAGUAGCACAGUAAAUGUAUCCAUAGUUGAUAAGAGAAUUUAGAUUAAAGCUAUAUGUAAAUUUGCUAUAUUGAAGUAUGUUUGUGACACAAUAAUAUAAAUUAUAACCGCUUCUAUUUAAGUAUAAAGACUGGUGAUUUUCUAAUUUAAUAAAUAAGUGCACAUGUUUUA